UAUUUCUGGGCGUGCUUGUUGGACCCAGCUGCUAUUGUCCAUGCUUCGCAAAAUGCGGCUAACUUGACAGGCAAAUUAUAACGGGCUGUUGAAUGACAGUUUUACGGUGAUUCCAAGAAUGUCCCCACAGUAUGUGAUGGUCCAAUUCAUAUGUGAGUGCAUCUGUUCUAGACAUGAAAUCGCAGAUGCACUUGGCAAAGGAUCGAUGUCAACAAUUAUUCUCUACAGUCUUGUAAGAUUGCAUCGCAUGUAAGUUAGAUAGGUACUUGUUUCCUGCUGCAUUUUAAGUUAAUUGCCUUUUUAUGGUAGUUUCUCUACCUCUCAUGGUUGAACUGUUAGGACCCAUUAGUAAUCAGUACCUUAAUUUCCUAGUCUGCUUCCCCUCAUAUGCUACAGUUCUGCAGAACAGGUUUCACACCCUGUGUUUUUAGAUCAGUGCAGAUGAAGGAAGAGACAAGGAGAGGGGUUUUUGAGAUGCAGAGGUAGAUGAUUGACAUCCAGUCUAACUAGACUGUCCUGUGGAAAAUCAAUAUCUGUGGUUGAUCAUAGCCUUGCCUCAGACAAGUCUCAACCUCAUCACAUCACAUGCUUUAAGGCUUCUCUUCAACUCUCUCACCUCCUCUUAUUCAUUCGGAUCUUCCUCCCUGCACCUUUCUCCCCCUCUGCCCUUACUCUCUAAUUCUCUUCACACAAUACCAAACGUUUGCUAAUUAAUUAAUUUGUUUAAAUAUUUAUAUGUUUUUUCAUAUGUUGAUGUACCAGAUGCUAGAUGCUAUUCUGCUCAGUCAGUGUGCAGCUGCAGCAGAGAGAGUACACACCAUGACCCUGCUGUUCAAACAAACAGCUCUGUUUCCAGCCUGCUUCUAGCUUUCCCUGGGCCUGUGUGCAUCUCAAAAGUCUUGACUGGCCUCCUCUCCUCCUCCCCUCCUGAUGUCCUAUCUCUGGCUGUUUGAAAUAUGCAGGAAAUGCUCCUUUGAAUAAAUUUGGAAGGGUGAAUGAUUAAUUAAUUGAUUACAAAUUAAAUCAUUGGUCAGUUCACUUUAUUGCGUGAGCGAUAGAAACACACUGUAGGUACCACAGGGAGGUCUGCCCCAGGGUUGGGUUCAAAGGUUAUGGCUAACUGGUCAGAGCAGGUUUGAUUGGUUGGAAAGUAAGUUACCCACUGAACUCUGGGAUGGGAGAUUGUUUUUACAAGGGAAAAUGGGAAUGAUAUGAUGCUGUAAUAACAUAAAUUGUCUCAAGAUUAGACCCACGCUUUCGUCAGCUGGCCCUUGCUACAUAUUCGUCGCCAGACCCACUGGCUCCAGGUCAUCUAUAAGUCUAUGCUAGGUAAAGCUCCGCCUUAUCUCAGCUCACUGGUCACAAUAACAACACCCUCACGUAGCACGCGCUCCAGCAGGUAUAUCUCACUGGUCAUCCCCAAAGCCAACACCUCCUUUGGCUGCCUUUCCUUCCAAUUCUCUGCUGUUAAUGACUGGAACGAAUUGCAAAUAGUACAUAGUCCAUCUGUAAAUAGCCCCACCAAUCUACCUACCUCAUCACCAUAUUGUUUUUAUUUACUUUGCUGCUCUUUUGCACACCAGUAUCACUACUUACACACCAUCAUCUGCUCAUCUAUCACUCCAGUGUUAAUCUGCUAAAUUGUAAUUACUUUGCUACUAUGGCCUAUUUAUUGCCAUACCUCCUCGUGCCAUUUGCACACCGUACUGUAUAUAGACUUUCUUUUUUUUUCUAUUGUGUUAUUGACUGUAUGUUUGUUUACUCCAUGUGUAACUCUGUUGUUGUUUGAGUCGCACUGCUUUGCUUUAUCUUGGCCAGGUCGCAGUUGUAAAUGAGAACUUGUUCUCAACUAGCUUGCCUGGUUAAAUAAAGGGAAAGGCGGAGGGGCUGAUUGGACCACGUUGAUGUUGGUGCAGGACCAAAGAGCUAAACGGUGACUGCAGACUCAACUCAGUCUGGGACAGCCGAGGUGGUUUGGAGACCUUGUUUGUGACUUUAGACCUAGGUGGUGAGGCGGAGGGUUACGAUGGCUGUGAGCAGGUUUGACAUAGAUGCGCCGCGGUGGGAUCAGUCCACGUUUAUUGGCAGACUGAAGCACUUUGUCAACAUCACAGACUGGAGGACAGCACUACUGCCAGACUCACGACUGGACGAGUCUAAAGCACUUGUGGAGAGCUGCAGAGCAGCUACCCUUCCCCCUGGCACCACAGAGGAACAGCUGCAUUACGCCAAGAAGCUCCAUGACUCCGCCGUUCACCCAGACACCGGCGAUUGCAUGAACCUGAUUGGUCGAAUGUCCUUCCAAGUGCCCGGAGGGAUGGCCAUAACUGGCGGUAUGCUACAGUUCUACAGGUGCGUUUGUUCCAUUUGCGGCGGUGGCGUCAGCGAACUGUGUCAAUAUCCCAAUGAUGAGGCAACUGUGAGUUCAUCUGUGCUCCUAGUGUAUUAGCAUGCCCAUGAAGACAACAGUGAGAGCCUCUCAGAGAGCUCCUGAAUGGCAUCGCUCUAACAGAUGAGAAUGGAAACAAACUGGGUCAUUCCAAGAAAGCAGCUGUGAAGGGCAUCACCCAGGUGGUCAUUUCCCAGGUUACCAUGGCAGCACCGGGCUCAUUCUCCCCAUCAUCAUGCAGAGACUGGAGGAUAACAAGUUUAUGCAGAGGGUCACCUUUGUCCACGGACCUUAACAAGUGAUAAUGGUGGGAGCGUUCCUGGUCUUCAUGGUGCCGGCAGCCUGGUCCCUGUUCUCUCAGCAAUGCUCCAUGGGCAGUGUACAAUAUGUCUACUUCAACAAGGGCCUCUGAACACACACACACCUGCCUUCUUAAUCAUCGGCCAAACAGAGAGAGCAUCUGAAGAAAAAAAAAUACAAAAUGAGCCAAUCAGCAUCCUCGGCGAUGUCCAAUAGGAACGCUUGUAGGAGAAAUAGCUUUCUCCUGGUUUGUCUUUGUUUAUUUUCAACAAAUCUUUGCGAUUGAAGUGGAGAUGUUCUCCAGAAGAUAGAGAUGUGCCACUGUACUCCAAACGGUGCCUUUAUCCACACUGGAGGACAGUGGCACAUCCCAUCCCUGCAUUGAGGUGCGUUUUUGACCCAUAUCUCAUGACGGCUCCACGUGUCUUAAUGUAACCAUGACUCCAAUCUGACAUCAGUGCAGCUCGGUUUAAACAAGUGUAACGCUAGGGUCAGUCUCUUCUGGCAAGUGUGUGUGUGUAAAUAAUAAAUAUAUAUUUAUAUAUAUUCUCUUUUUAUGCUUCUGUCCAUAAUGUUAAUUUGCAUACAGUGUAUGAUUCAAGUGACGCUACUAACCAUGUACAGUUUAUGCAGUCUGAAUCUUCAAUCACACAUUUCAACCUCCUUCACAAAACUGUCUGGAAGGACAACGACCCUUUGGACAUUGUGUGUGUGUGUCCCAAAUAUCAUUUGCGUCUCAAAUGCCACUCUAUUUCCUACAUAGUGCACUUCUUUUGACCAGAGCCCUUUGGGUCCCAUUCAGAAGCAGCCUGUGUUAGUUUAAUCUGAGGUCAAGAGUCACUAUAACCAACUGUGUGUGUGUGUGUGUGUGUGUGUACGUCUCAGUGCAAAUGAAAUGGUGUAUUGCCCAAACAAUGUGAUGCCAUAUCAGGAAUGGACGUUACUAAAGCCAUCAUGCAGGUGUUCUAUAGAUGGUUCUGUGGUUUUGCCCUAAGAUCUAUGCAUCAGUGUUCUGAGCCUAUGGUUCCACGGUUUAGUGUUCUAGAAUGCUUGUGUUCACAUACGCUGAAGUGAAGCAAGCCUAGCCAAUGUACGUUUGGCUGAGUGGUGAAGAAGUCAUUGAUACCACCAGG